GGUUGGACAGAAGUGUUGUGGUUUGAUCAUAACUUGGCCACCUGUUGUCUCCGUUACUCCCGGGGGGUUUCCAUCGACAUGUUUGGGGUCAGGGUGGACACCAUGUGCAUCAAGAGGAAUGUCAAAACCGCCCAUCUCAGUGAUGACUUCCUGUUUGCAUUCAUAUAAAAGCCACUUGUGACCACUUGGAGGUUCCAAACAGAUUACCAAGACUUGAACCUCAUCGCACAGCAAAACUAUGAGUACUGCGGUCCAGCAAAACCGGCCUUUCAACCGGGCCGUCAGAAAGAUCAAGGUGGCUUCCAUGGUAACCAGCCUCGCCAAAAGCUGGCAAACCUGGGCCAACGACCACACCGGAAAGCAAGACACCAUCCCGAGCGGCUGGCUGCCCGACACCAUCAUUGAGGACGAGAAAGAGAAGCAGAAAGAGAAGAAUGAGAUGAAACUUUUGGUCGCGCCCCGUGUGGUAACGGUGGACGGCGGAGAUGGGGCAGACAACAAGAUCAAGACGGGAAGCGUGACUAAAGCCAUCACGCAGAAAGUGAACGAAUGUGGAAAGGAUGUAGUGAGCACCAUCAAGGAGAAGAUCAACACCAAUCAGUUGACGUCAGAGGACACCAAAAACUUCCUAGGGAAUGAGUCUCCAACCAGGAGAAGGUACUGCGGUGGGAAAUCGGCGCUGUCGAAGGUGAUGGGACAGAAGGAGGGGAAGCAAAUGGGAUCUAGAAGCAGCAGUUUGGAUACGGAGGACAGUGGUCUCGGGGAGGAAGCGUCGCUGAGCGAUAAUAGCGAUCAACAUGAGAAUGAACCAAAGAAACACAUCAGCAGACCCAAGAUUAAAGUGACCACAACAAAUGACCUGAGAAGCAGAUGGCAACAGUUUGCCAAAAACCACAUCGAAGGUCAAAAGCUCAACCCCUUCAGCGAAGAGUUCGACCAUGAUCACGCCAUGGCGCUUCGACUCCACAAGGGCGACACUGGAUACGGACGGCCCAAAGAAGGAUCGAAAACCGCCCAACGUGCCGACCGUGCCCAGAAACACAUCUAUCGUGAGAUGGAGGAGAUGUGCUUUAUCAUACGCGACAUGGACCAACAAGAUAAAGACGGUCGCAUAUACAUCACCUUCGGCCGUCUGUUCGACCGCUACGUUAAAAUCUCAGAUAAAGUUGUGGGAAUUUUGUUGCGUUGCCGCAAACACAAGAUGGUGGACUUUGAGGGUGAGAUGCUGUGGAAGGGUCAGGAUGAUGAUGUCAUCAUCACUCUGUUGGUUUAAUGUUGUUGUUUUUUUAUUAAGAUAUGAGAUGACGACUCAAAAAGUUUACUUUAUUUUAGAUUUAUAUUAUAUUUUUAUUAUAUGUGACAAAAAGCUUUGUAGUUAAUAAUAAAACACUAGGAAUAUUGACAGGAAUAACCAGUAAUGACAAGAAUUGUGUCAUGUCAUUUCUAAUAGUGUCAAUUUUUCAAUAAACUUUACUGAUCUUCUAUUGACCAAACAAUAACAGAUAGUACCACACCAAACUCAUGCCAUUGGUUAAUGCAAAAAACAGAGGAAAUUCUUGUUUUGACCAGAUUGAGCUUUUCUAAAUUACAACUUGUAAAUACGAGUUGGAAAAAGACGUGAUAAAAAAACAUUGGUGACAAUUAUUCUGACGUGAAUACAUUGCAUUCAAAGUCUGGACAUUUAAAAUAGGCAGAGCUUAAAUGUUAUUUAUAAAUUCUUUGGACGUAUGAAACCGUACACUCUUAAAACCGUUCCAGAAAACUCUCAGACAUUCACAUCUGAUCUUCUGUGUCCUUUCUGGCACAUGAUAUAUUUCGAAAGUGGCGUCAGGAUUCAGUUUUGGUGGUGAGAAGCUUUACAUUCGAGAUGGAGAAUGAGUGACUCCUUGCUCACAGUUUACACAAGAAGUUAGAGCUUCUCAUGUUUGUCUCUUCACAUGUCAAAUAUCAGACGUCCUCAGAAUGCCAAUGAUGUCCAGGAUUAAUCUCACAUUACUUGUAAUUCUUUCAUCUGUAUUACAUUUCAGAAUCUUUAAGGUUUAGAUUGAUAGCCAAAGGUUAUUCCGUGACGUUCUUGUUUUUUUUUGUGUAGCUCAGUGUUGUUUGAUGUAAUUACCUCUUUCAAAAUGAAAGCAUGAUAGUCUUCUUACAGAAGGAUUUGUUAUAAAUAUUUGAAGAUAUUUGAUCAUGUGAAAAAAAAACCUAAUUUAUUGUUUUGAUUUGGAAAUUAUGUUUUAGUUUAAAUAAAACCUUAGUGAA